AUGAAAUUUCUUAAUGUUGAAUGUAUUAAUGGUAUGACUAUUGAAUUAUUUCUACGAUAUAUUUUAAACAAAAUUAAUCAAGUUCAUCAUAAAGAUCUUCGUUUAUUAUGUAUUUAUGUUUCAAAAGCAGAUGAUAAUAUGAUUAAAAGUUUAAACAAAAUAAUUGAUAAUGAAAAACUUUUAUCAAAUUACACAAUUCAUCAUGAACUUGAUAAUAUCUAUUUACAAUGGAAAUGA